ACGCUACUCUUACGCUCGUCAACUUCAGACGAAGAGUCAACGUCAGAAGAACGAUUUCUGUGAUAGCGAGGAAGAUGAUCCGAUUCUUCUACACGCCUUUGCGAAACCCGAUCUUGAGGUGGAGAUCUGUCGUCAGCUUCAUCGUACCG